UAUGCUAUAUAUAGCUUACCACAAUUAAAAAGAGGGGAGAGGAGGAAAAAAGAAAAAGGAACAAUGUGAGAGCUUCGAAAGACACUGUUUUACUCAGUUCCCAGCAGACUGUUUUCCACCGUCCGUCUGGGUGUGUCUGGUUGGUGCUCCAGUGGGACACUGUCUCUGGCUGUGGUUUUGCCCUUGACUAUGUACCUUCACCACUUUCAGGAUCGUCUUUUUUCUUCCCAAGCCAAAUCCCUUCAUUUAGGAAAUGAAAAGCACUGGAAUCGGGUCCUUGCUGUCACUGAUAGAAACUUGGUGCACACUUAACUUGUGUCACAAUUGAAAGUAAACAGAGGAAAAACAGAGAGGUAUUUGCUCUUUUUAGAGACAACAGACUUCAGUUUCAGUAACUCAGUCGCUCAUUAUGCCUAAGAAUUUUUGCUUUUCAGUAUUUUUGAAGUGUAUUUCUGAGGUGCCCCCUAGGCAAAAUAAAACAUCUAGAAUGGAGAGUUUGUUUUUCUUUUUCAUUAUUCAACCUAGAUAUAGUCCCUCCAGCUGUUUCGGGGGGCAAUAAUCUGUGAAAUCGUCGUAGUCAGAGAUUUUGUCGUACUUCUCUUUAUAUAUCCAAUUUCCACAUGGCGGACCUUCAAGAGAAAUUGGUUCACGUGGAUAGUGAAUGAGUCAUGGAAUGAUCAGUAGCUUCAGUAAAUUUAAUUUAGCCGAAAAAUGACAAAUGAAACAGUUCUGAUACGUGGCUGCUUUUGAGACAAGUUAUUGAUUAUGAAGUUUUGGUUUUCUUUAACGGAGAUUAUUUUUGAAUUAUCCAAGGCAGCAUAGCUAUGACUAAUGAGGUAAAAUGAAGCAAAAGAAAAAUGUGAACUGAAUACCAAGAGAUACUUCCAGUAGAUUGGGAUUAAAUUAGGCAGAGGAGUCCCAGUGGAAGUGGUUGGGGGACAUUUAACGCCACGCAUGUCACUUAGAGCCGCAGUGAACUUAAGCAAUUUACAAGCAGCAGACUCUGACUUUGGCAGGAUGAUAAGUGAGAUCGUAUCUCUAGUCUCAUUGAUUCUCUCUCUUAUACCGGUAUACGUUCACAGCUUCAUAUCCCCUAUGGACAGAAUUUAUGUGUGUGUUAAAUUUUCUGAUUACAGUUUUCUUUUUUCCGGAAAACACUCUUUUUAGAGCAUCUCCUGGUCCCAUCAGAAAUGUCUUACUUAAGUGGGAAAGUCCAAACUGUUCUGAGCCUUGUGGGGCCAAGCAAACUGGGCUGCACCCUGACCCACGAACCCUUGACAAUGACUUUUGACUGCUCUUACUACCCACCUCCUCUGUGCCGUGAAGUGAUCUCUAAUGAACCUAUUACAAUGAAAAAUUUAUUUUGGAUCCAGAAAAACCCUUAUUCCCAUACAGAGAAUCUGCAGUUGAAUCAGGAGACGGAAGGCAUCAAGGAAGAAUUGUUGGAUUUUAAAGCCCAAGGUGGAGGAGCUUUGGUGGAAAACACAACCACUGGGAUCAGCUGAGAUGUGCAGACCUUGAAGUGGAUUGCGGAAGAGACUGGCGUCCACAUCACAUCCGGAACUGGGUUUUAUGUGGAUGUAACUCGCUCUUCAGAGACCAGAGCCAUGUCAGUGGAGCAGCUUACUGAUGUCCUUGUUAAUGAAAUUCUCCAUGGAGCUGACGGAACCAGUAUCAAGUGUGUCGUUAUUGGGGAAACUGGUUGCUCCUGGCCUCUGACUGAGAGUGAAAGAAAGGUUCUACAGGCAACAGCUCACGCUCAGGCUCAGCUUGGCUGUCCUGUUAUCAUUCACCCGGGAAGGAAUCCAAGUGCACCAUUUCAGAUUAUCCGAGUGCUGCAAGAGGCUGGAGCAGACACCUCCAAAACAGUUAGGUCACACCUUGAUAGGACUCUCCUUGACAAGAGGGAACUACUGGAGUUGGCUCAACUUGGCUGUUACUUGGAAUAUGAUCUCUUUGGUUCUGAACUUUUCCAUUAUCAGUUCAACCCGGAGCCCAAUGAUAAUAAAAGAAUUGAAAGGGUACGUCUUCUGGUGGAUGAGGGCUAUGAAGGUCGGAUUCUGAUGGCACAUGACAUACACACGAAGCAUCGGCUGACGAAAUACGGAGGUCACGGCUAUUCUCAUAUACCUACCAACAUUGUUCCUAAAAUGUUGUUUAGAGGCAUAACUGAGGCUGCACUUGAUAAGAUACUGAUAGAGAACCCCAAGCAAUGGCUAACUUUCAAAUAGGACGGUUGUUCUGAAUUCAUACCUUGAGUAUAAAGCUUGCAGGGAACAGACAGGGAUUUCAAACCCACUGUGAGAUAUUAAUCAGAGCUACAUUGGACUGACAGAGCAUUUCCUUUUUAGGAGAAUUAGAAGACUUCCGCCUUCUCAGAAACUGGCUAUUACAUCUGUACCUUUAGGGAGUUACUGAGCCUAAUUAAGCCCUAUUGUUUUUCCUUAACAAAAUAAAGACAAAAGUACCCAUAUCCAAACAACGAUUUACAGUCUACAUCCCCUUAGUGGAGUUUUGCUUCCUUUUGUUUUGUUUUCUUAAUCUGUCACCAGCACUGCAUGAGAAAAUUUAAAGUGUUUCUAGUUAAAUUACCCCUUUCUGGAGCAAUCUAAUGUUUCCUGUAAUAUUGAUGAUUCUACUAAUUAUCCUGCUGUCCUUUAAUUAAUGCUUAAUGAAUGAUAUGGCACGACAAAAUAGCUUCUGCAGCAAGGGGAGUUAAAUUUUGAGACUGUUUUUUCAAAAGAUACUGUAAUAUAAUUACCAACUCACAAUGGUAAAAAUAUUGUGGAAGCUUAAUUAUAUGCUGUUCACCUAUCUAUAUAUACUGAUAAUACAUCAGUUUUGUUGCCUGUGGCUUUCU